CGGCUGCUCGCAGCUGCCUGACAGAGAACGAAGUCGUUUUCGAACGCAGUCAAUGUAGUUCUUGAUCCGCUGUACGAAAAGUAGUUCGAGACGGUCGAGAGGCUGUGAGUGGCUCCCUCUGAGCGGUCAACUUGCGCAUCGUUUCGUCAAACCCAACCCGGCCGGUCCAGACCUUGUCGGUCAGAGUGUCACAGUCCUCGGUCAGUGUCGCAUCCAGCCACCACACUUCAAGGAUUUCGCUGCUGGCAGCUCGUCGCCUUUGUCCUCAUCAGUCUAUGAAAGGAACUUCAAAACGAAAAUGCGCGAAGUCAUCUCCGUCCACGUCGGCCAGGCCGGAGUGCAGAUGGGCAACGCGGCGUGGGAGCUGUACUGCCUGGAGCACGGCAUCAACCCUGAUGGCACCAUGCCCGCCUCGAGCACGGACACCUCCUUCUCGACCUUCUUCCACGAGACGGGCACCGGCAAGCACGUGCCCAGGGCCAUCUUCGUGGACUUGGAGCCCACGGUGAUCGGCUCGGUGCGCACCGGGGCGUACCGCCAGCUGUACCAUCCGGAGCAGCUCAUCACGGGCAAGGAGGACGCCGCCAACAACUACGCGCGCGGCCACUACACUGUGGGCAAGGAGAUCGUGGACACAGUGCUGGACCGCAUCCGGAAGGUGUCCGACCAGUGCUCCGGCCUGCAGGGCUUCCUCAUCUUCCACUCGUUCGGCGGCGGCACCGGCUCCGGCUUCUCGUCGCUGCUCAUGGAGCGGCUGUCCGUGGACUACGGCAAGAAGAGCAAGCUGCAGUUCUCCAUCUACCCCGCGCCUCAGAUCGCGACCGCCGUGGUGGAGCCGUACAACACGGUGCUGGCGACGCACACCACGCUCGAGCACUCGGACUGCACGUUCAUGGUGGACAACGAGGCCUGCUACGACUUGUGCCGCCGCAACCUGGACAUCGAGCGUCCCAACUACAACAACUUGAACCGUCUCAUCUGCCAGGUCGUGUCCUCCAUCACGGCCUCGCUGCGCUUCGACGGCGCGCUCAACGUGGACCUCAACGAGUUCCAGACCAACCUGGUGCCGUACCCGCGCGUGCAUUUCCCUCUGGUGAGCUACGCGCCCGUCGUGAGCGCGGCCAAAGCCAUUCACGAGCAGUUCACCAUCGGCGAGAUCACGUCGUCGUGCUUCGAGGCUGCCAACCAGAUGGUCAAGUGCGACCCGCGCCUGGGCAAGUACAUGGCUUGCUGUCUGCUGUACCGCGGCGACGUAGUUCCGAAGGAUGUCAACAACGCCAUUGCAGCCAUGAAGGCCAAGAAGCACAUCCAGUUUGUGGACUGGUGCCCGACUGGCUUCAAGGUGGGCAUCAACUACCAGCCCCCGACCGUGAUCCCCGACGCCGACCUGGCCAAGGUGUCCCGCGCGGCCUGCUUGCUCUCCAACACGACCGCCAUCGCCGAGGCGUGGUCUCGGGUCAACUACAAGUUCGACCUGAUGUACGCCAAGCGCGCUUUUAUCCACUGGUACGUUGGCGAGGGCAUGGAGGAGGGCGAGUUCUCAGAGGCUCGCGAGGACCUGGCAGCCCUCGAGAAGGACUACGAGGAGGUGGGCGCCGACACGGCCGGUGACGAGUACGAUGAGGAAGACGAGUAUUAGUCCAGUCAAUUAUGUAAUGUUAAUCUUUGCACGAGUUCUAGUCCAAUGUAUUGUGUUUUCUGCACAACUUGUAUUUAAAUGUAUGUAUGAAUGUUGUCUUUUUGAUAUCGUGUUGUGAUCACCAUGUUGCAUUUUUAUAAAUUUUUAAUUGUGUUUCAAUGAAUAUAUUUGGUAUCUUCA